UCACAUUUCAGACUACAUUUCUAGCCACACAACUGUAUCGAAAGUCAAAUUCAUAGCACACAAAUCGCUCACGAGAAAAACUUUGAACUAAAAUUUCUUAAGUAAAUUAUUUGAUUUAUUAAAAUUUCUCGCAAAAGAAGUAGAAGCAGGAUGAACUCUGAUGAGCAGAAUCGGGAAGCUGCCUACGAGCAGAUGAUGGAGGAGAGCAUCAAGAGUCAGUUCGAGAAGAAUGGAACUAUGGCGGCUCUUCGAAGUGAAAUGCAUUUGAAGGUCCUUCAGUUGCUGCGGGGUCAGCAGAAUAUGCUCAAGCCAAAACUUCUGACUGGCGAAGUCACUAAAUUAAACAAAACUCCCAGGGAUCAGAGCUUGAUCAAGCUAAUUAAUCAACUAAUUAUGGAAUUCUUCAAUUGGUUUGGCUACAGACACACCCUGGAGACGUUUCGCAUGGAGACUGGUGAUGAUCUUGCCUUUCGAAGUGACCUAGAGGAAAGGCUUUUCAUUAUUCCCGACUCGAAGGACCUUCCUCUUUUGGCUCAACUUGUGAUACGAGACUGGAAGUCAAGUCUGCCUAAGAAAACUCAGCGCCCAGUUCCACAGAAUCCCCAACCCAAGGAGCAGCUUGAGGUUCAGCCAAUCAAAAGAGAUGUGAAAGUCAAGAAAUUAAUUCAAAAUAACAAAAAGCUCAUUGAUAGUGACCCCGUGCGGAAAGUCAUCACAAUUAAACACCCAAAGGCCCCACGGCCACCACACCAGCCUCCGCCAAUAACCAAAAAGGUGGAUCGAAAAAUAAGCGUGGAAAGCUCCGAGUCUGAUCUUCUCGAGACUGACUUCAGUGUGGAGUCGGAGGACAGUGAUGCCUAUGCUGAUAUACCCGAUAGACAUGUCUUUGUGGAUGACUUGCCGCCGGAGGGAAAGUACAUUUCUGGCCAUGGCGAAGAGGGUGCAACCCACGAUGUACAACAAAAUCUGGUUGAGUGUCUUAUUCAGCAAUAUCAGAGGGAACUCACAACCGGAGACAAACCAAUUUUAUCCCAGAAACCACAGACAGCGAAGGGAAAGAAAUGUGAAAAAACAGAAUCAAAUGUUUUCGAAGGCUUAGAAUCCGGGAAAAAGUCCUCUAGCAAUGCCAAGCAGGAGAAGGCCAGCAAAAAGAAACCUAAAGUUGUACCUAAAAUCAGACCCACCUUGGCUGACGAACCCGAAACUCACAUUAUGGGAGUCAGUUUUGACAGUGAAGAUUUCAGCGACGACGAGGUCUUCGGGUGAUAUCCUCCUUACUAAAGUGAAGAUUCCUAGUAAAUUUCUAGUCAAUGGAUAAAUUUAUUGCACUCAAAACAAUCUUUUCAAGUAAAAAUAAA